AUGAGGCGGAAUCGCUCCCCGACAUCACCAUCGCCCUACCGCGCCCUCGCCCACACUGGCGCGGGCGCGGGCGGGGUGCCAGAUUCCCUCUCACUCCUCAGGUCCUUCAACGUUGACACGAACCCUACGCGGCCCAUGCGGCCGUCUCCUCUCACCGCCUCCACUAUACGCGACAUGCCACUUGACCUGGUUGAUCGCAUCAGAUCCUUUCCCCUUUUCGUGUCUGCGCCAGAGGAGUUCUUGGCCGCCAUCGGAAACCAUUUGAGACCGCAAGUUCAUGCAGCACAAGACCAUAUCCUCACAGAGGGCGAUGAUGCCAGAGCAAUGUAUUGGCUGGUGCGCGGAGUUGUGGCUGUCACCUCUAGAGACGGCGAAGCCAUCUAUGCGGAACUCAAGCCCGGUGCCUUUUUCGGAGAGAUUGGUGUGUUGAUGGAUGUCCCGCGAACUGCGACCAUUGUUGCCAGAACGAAAUGCCUCCUUGUGGUCCUUAAGAAGGAAGACCUUCAGGCAGAGUUGCCAAAGUUCCCGGACAUGGAGAGGGCGAUUCGCCAUGAAGCUCAAGAGCGAUUAAACAUUCUCAAGAAGAAGCGCCAGGAAGGUGGGCAACUGAUCAAGCCGCCCUCGACACAGGCCAAUGGAGCAAGAGAACCGGCGCCAGGAGAGGUAUCUACAGGUGAGGUGGGUACCAUCAGAGAGGGAACAGUGGUCAACUCAAAGAAGCGGAAAUCGCCAAGUCCCGGGGCCAUCGAAGACCCUGCUGCGGGUAGUGCCCUCGGGAGUGGUUUCGUCAACGUGCGCCAAACGCUACGGGAGCUGCCAUUGUUCUCCACGUUACCUCCAGACAUCCUCCAUCAGCUCGGAUUGAGCGUCCAGCCAAAGACGUACCCUCCUUUCACCGACAUCAUCCAACAAGGAUCGGCAGGCAAUGAGAUAUUUUUCAUUGUUCGAGGUGAAGCAGAGGUUGUCCAUGAAGCACCAACACCAAAGGAGCCACCAAAGAAGAUGGCUCGCGCGACUUAUGUGCGUCCAAGAUUGAAAGCUGGUCAAUACUUUGGAGAAGUAGCCAGUCUUGGAUUGUCAGAAGGCCGGACGGCGACGGUGCGGGCGAUCACUACGGUCGAAUGUCUGAUGAUCCCAGGAGACGCGUUGGACACGCUGUGGAGUCGAUGCCCGCCCGAUAUCAGGUCACAGGUGGAGGAGACGGCACGCAAGAGGUAUAAAAAGUCGGACGAAGAUGUCGAAAUGUCAGAUGCGGAACCCAUGGAGCGGAGCAAGUCGGAUCCUCCGACACCAACCACACCGAAGGCUCUGCCGCAUGUCACGUUCACGACACCCUCGAAACCGGCUUCACCUGCCAAAGACGACAUGGAGACAAUGGAGCCCAAGGACCCGGAUCCUUUCUUGAGCGUAGACAUGGAGAAUAUGCGAAAUAGGCGACGCAACUCCCUGGCACCGCCCACCCCUCAAUCUGACAAUUCCUCGCCGAUAGUGACGAACGGCUUCCGCCUUCACCACAUCGAAUCGACGCCCCUUCGCUUCUCGUUUCCGCCACAGUCGCCACCCGAGUCGGACGUACCUUUCAAGCGAGCCCGGACGCUGCCACGUCGUCCACAUCCAGCACAGACCCCAGCCCUUCCCGACGAUUUGCUCGUGGCGGUGUUUCGGUACCUGAAUAUUGCAGAGCUUAUGCGCGCACGAAUCAUUUCUUCACACUGGCGCAGGCUUCUAACAACAGACCCCAAGGUUUGUCUGGAUCUAGACUUAUCCGAGCAUAAUAGGAGAGUUACAGAUCAGGCCAUCAAAAUGGUUAUUGGUCCCUUCGUCGGCACCCGCCCGGAAACAAUCGACAUUAGCAACUGCUUCCACAUUACCGACGAUGGUUUCCGCUGUCUUUGGGAGAGCUGUGGCCGCAAUGUCAAGCGAUGGCGCAUGCGGUCUGUUUGGGACGUCUCUGCAAAUCAGAUACUGGACAUGGCAGAGAACGCAAAGGGCCUGGAGGAGAUUGACUGGAGCAACUGUCGCAAGGUUGGCGACAACCUGCUAGCACGUGUCGUAGGAUGGGUAGUCCCUGAGCCGCCACCACCACAGCCGCCUAGCAAGCAGGUGGUGAUAUCCAGCUCAUCCGCCAAGUCCAAGCCUCAAAAAGCCGCAACACAACAGACCCAGCAGAGAGCCGCCAACAUCCCCAAGCCGGGAACCAUAAUUGGGUGUCCUGCCCUCAAGCACCUCAACCUGUCGUACUGCAAGCACAUCACUGACAGGUCUAUGGCACACCUCGCCGGACAUGCCUCCAAUCGGCUGCAGUCGUUGUCCCUCACGCGGUGUACAUCAAUCACGGACGCCGGCUUCCAGUCAUGGGCUCCCUACCGGUUCUUGAACCUGUCUCAUCUGUGUCUGGCUGACUGCACUUACCUUUCUGAUAACGCCGUUGUCGCCCUCGUCGGUGCGGCCAAGAAUCUGACGCACCUGGAUUUGUCCUUUUGCUGCGCUCUGUCCGACACCGCAACAGAGGUCGUCGCACUGGGUUUACCUCAGCUCCGCGAACUCCGCCUCUCGUUUUGCGGCAGUGCCGUCUCAGAUGCUAGCUUGCAAUCGGUUGCUUUGCACUUGAACGAAUUGGAGGGAAUCUCGGUCCGCGGCUGCGUUAGAGUCACUGGCGGCGGUGUCGAGAACCUUCUCGAAGGAUGCAGUCGACUUCAAUGGGUGGACGUCAGUCAAUGUAGGAAUUUGGAGAACUGGAUCCGAAGCGGAGGGGUCAUGCGGUGGGGUUUCGACGAGCGUGGCGGGAACGGCUUAUCACCUGGACACGUGCCGUUGCCGUUGCCCAGCCCGUCGCCGACUACUACGAACCAUGGCGGGCGGGGUGCAAGGCCCUUGAGCUUCCGGAGGAGGGCGAGGCAGCCUGUCCGAUUCAUUGUUGAAAAGGGCGCGUUUGGACUCAGAUGA